CUGUUCAGUUACUGUGUGCUGUCCAUUUUAGUGCCAUAACUCAAAACUCAACAAAAAAAAAAAAAAAGGGUUCACUCUUCACUGUGGAAAGGGCGGGCCAUUCUAGUUUUCUAUAGCUGUUUGCAUUUCUUUCCUUGCCAGUUUUGAGCUGCCCCCAGCCCUUGGAUUUCUCUCUCAAAGUUUCUCUGUAGCUUUUAACUUUACACAGUGAAAAAGAAAGAUACUUCCUUUUGCUUUGAUUCAUAGCUUUCACAUACGAACACAAAAUACACACAAAAUUAGUUCUCUACUACACACAGUCACACACUAAUAAAAAGAGAGAGAAAAAGAUCGUAUAUUGUGUAGUGUGUGGGUAGUAUAAAAGAAAGGGAAUGCAGCAGCACCUGAUGCAGAUGCAGCCCAUGAUGGCAGCCUACUAUCCAAGCAACGUCACCACUGAUCAUAUUCAACAGGUUUCCCUUUCCCCAUUUCUAUUUUCUUUUUUUUUCUCUUCUUUCUUCCUUUCUCUUCUGCAAAAUCUCUGCUCUUCUUCUCUUACUCACUCUGAGCUUUUUUUUUUAAUCCCUCUACUCUGUUGCUGCUCCUGCUGUUUCCUGCUGUUUCCUUCUUUCAGUUGGUCUUCUCUGCCAUUUUCACCUGCUUAGCACCUUUGUAGAUAUUCUUCCUUUUCCUGGUUCUUGCUUUUAUUGGAUAUGUAGUCUGGAUAUCACUGUAUCUUGCUGUUCUCUUUUGAAGAGUUUUUCAGAACUACCACUGCUGUGUUUUUUGUUGUUCUGGUUACAUAUUUUUGGCUUUGUUUGUAACAGGUUUUUUACAGGGAUUUCUGGGUUUUUAUUAUCUUUACUCAUAUGUUUCAUAGUUCUUCUUCCAUUUUGGGUUGGAGUUGGUAGGUGGUAGCCUGUUUCCAUGGGGGCAUGUAUUUCUGUACCUCUCUCUCUUGGAGAAACUUUCUAUGUGGUGUUAUUGUUAAACAUGUACUCUUUUUUCAAUUUUACAGUAAAAGGUAUUGCUCUUUUUCUCUUUUGUUGCAGUUUUAAACUUUGAGGCCAUCUUAAAAGCUUAAAGAUCAUUUCUUUUUCUGAGCCCGAAGACAUGAAAGUAUCUCUUCUUUGUCAUAUUUGAGCAUGUAAUAUGAAUGGUUUAGCUGGCUUUCUGCCUUUUGGGUGUUUACUCCCCUCAAAAAAGGGUGUUGUAAAGUCUAUACAAAUCACAUUGAAUAGAUAUUGUUGAAGUAUUACCAUUAUUGGUUAAACAUACUUCAUCACCUUCUUUUGCAUGUGUUGAUUUAGUUCACAAAUUAGUUCUUUUUGUAUUAUCAUAAUGUUUUGGUCUCUGAGAACUGAGUGGUUUUGUGUUCUCCUUCUAUCCGGUAUGUUUUCUUUGCAAGAUCAUUUUUUUUUCACUUUUUUUUUUUUUUUGUUAAGAGGGAUAGUGGUUCUAUCCCAUGAUCUCAUGUAUGGAGCCACUUUCAUUUCAUGCUUCUCUUAAUUAGGCCUGGUAAAGGUUUGUGAUUUUGCUUUCGUGUAUGAUUAUAUUCUGCAUUUCUCCACUUAGCCUGAUUGUCUGGGCCUCUGUGUGUCAUUUGGAGUUGUCAGCUCAUCUUCCUGCCUUAGGGAACGGUUUUCCGAGUGCUUUUGGGAGUUCAUGUUACAACCAUUCCCAAUAUAGAUCUUAAAUGACAUUGAAUGGAUAAUUUAAUUCUGAUAUAAUAUAACCAUUACAUUGUUUAUCUGUUACACUUCCUUAAUUUUUAUCGUUCUACUUAUCUGGCCUUUAUCAUCAACGGUCAUUAAAACUUGGAACAAGAUUCAGUUUGUCCAUGACAUUUAUGAAUCAAUUACUUCUGUUUUUCUUUUUGCUUGGAAUCAUCAAAGCCCCAUUACAGGCAGUAGUAGUGCUAUUGUUUGGAGAUGUUGAAUGUCUUAAGUUUUUGAAAAUGUAGCUUAACCAAAUGAAUGUCGUAUGCUUUUUCUUUUCCCAAAGCUUCCUUAUAGAGAACUUAACCUAGUUAGCAGUUUGAUGUGGAGCUCAAAAUUUAAAACAAAACAUGAAAUAAAAUAAUAUUUGGUUUCAGUUCCUAGUUCCCAGCUAGUUUGUUUAUUUUUCUGCCAUCACUUCACUAUUUUAUUCCUCUAAGCUCAAAAGGUGUUAAAUUUUAAAUUUCUCUUAGUUUGAGGAGGAGAGUCUUUGAAUAUAGAAAGUCAGACCCACUUUAAAACUUGAAAAGUGCUUUAGAGAUUUUACUACUAUUUUAGUAUUGUUAUGCUUAUGCUGAACAUGGUACUGGGAUAGAGUGAAUUGCAGUAUCUGGCUGAACGUUGGCCGUUUAUGUAAAACCCUUUUUUGUCAGUCUAUUCUUUGCUGACUUGUAUUUUUAAUUUGCAGUAUUUGGAUGAGAACAAAUCAUUGAUCCUGAAGAUUGUGGAGAGUCAAAACUCUGGCAAACUGAACGAAUGCGCAGAAAACCAAGCAAGGCUGCAAAGAAACCUGAUGUACCUUGCUGCAAUUGCUGAUUCACAACCUCAACCUCCUAACAUGCAUUCCCAGUUUCCUCCUACUGGAAUUGUGCAGCCUGGUGCACAACACUAUCUUCAGCAACAGCAAGCUCAACAAAUGGCAUCACAAUCCCUGCUGGCAGCUCGCUCCUCGAUGCUGUAUGGCCAACAGCAAUUUUCUGCACUGCAGCAGCAACAAGCUUUGAAUAGCCAGCUUGGAAUGACCUCCGGAGUUAGUGCUGGUCUCCCUAUUCUGCAAGGCGAGGCUCACAACGCCGGGGGAGGCAGUGGGGCGCUGGGAAGCGUAGGCUUUCCUGACUUCAUUCGCGGCCCAACUGGAGAAGGCGGAGGAUUGCAUGCUGGUAGUAGGGGAAUGGCAAGUGGAAGCAAGCAUGAAAUGUUGGGUGGAAUGUCUGCUGAAGGGAGAGGCGGGAGUUCCGGAGGAGGCCACAAUAUAGAUGGGAGCGAGACCCUUUUCUUAAAAUCAGGUGAUCAUGAUCAUGGAAAUUGAAAUGAAAAAGGUUAGCUAAAUUGAUGAUCAUGAGUCUCUACUUGUAACAUCUGGGGAUCUUAUUAUAAGGACCUUUUUAGAGAGAAGUUAGUAAAGAACUUGCAUCCUAUGAGGCAUGAUCGGGGGUUUUUUAGCUGUUAAAUCUUUUAAGGUAGCGAAAUUGGAACCACGAAGAGAUUUGGUAAAUCUGCUGUCUUGCAUCUUUUGUAGUAGUUCAUCAUGUACUAUGUAAAUGUCUUGUUCGACGUUUCCAAUGUUCGUUAACUAGUUAUUGUGAUGCUUGUUAAGUGUUAACAACGGUCUUAAUUUUUCCAGGAUUUUCUUUAUCAUACUUCUUCCGUUCCACAAAAACAGUUCACAUUUAGUUUUGAGUUUUAUACUGUUUUUAGUACAAAAUUGAAAACUUAAUGUGGACUAUUUUCUUUUGGGACGGAGGUAAUAUAUUUUAGUUACA